AAACAGCUGCUCUCAAGCCACCGAACAAAACCGCUGUUUGUUUAUAAUAAUUCUUUUUUAAAUUUGUGCAAUUAUUUGUUUAACAAAAAUACAUAAUUAGUAAAUAACAUACGCUAUCGAUAUAUAUUGUGACUAACAUUGCUCAUCUCUAGUCCUGCCCACCCAAGUCACCACCCACCCGAUUGCGGCAUUCCUUCAUAUUUUGGAUAAACUCUGUUCAUUUAUCAACAUGGUUGACAUUAAUUUAGAGUAUGUAGAGUUAAUCGAGCCACGAUCUACAACAUCCACAGAACAACAGCAGCAACAGUAUCUGGAAGCGGUGCGCAUAUUGUUAGUGCUACUGGAGAAUGUGCUGAGCCAGCCAAACAAUCACAAGUUUCGCACUAUUCGCCUGGAGAACAAAGCGAUUAAAGAGAAGCUGUUGUGUCUGCCGGGAAUUGAGUCACUGCUGUCUGCCAUUGGCUUUAAACGCACGCCAAGCUCCAAUGCAUUCACAUUGUCCAGUGAGGUGUCCCUGCAACACAUUCAACAGUAUAGGGACGCACUGAGAAAGCGGCGGGAGGCGUGGCUUAGCGGCUCAAUGAGUCCAAUUAAUGCACACGCAAAACCCGCGGAAAUGGCGCCUGCCUGUGCAACGCCUUUGUUUAUUAAGCCUUCAGUGCCCUACCGACAACGCAUUAGCUUUCCACGUGUCCUGCGCACUUCAAAUCGGUUUCUGCAAUCCCUGGAACUGUACAGCGAUGCGGUUAUGCAGUAUGAGGAUAAGGCACUGCUAGCCAGCGGCUUAAGCCUCAUACCCGUGGAUGCACUAACGUCUAAUGCCACCGAGACGCUCCUAGCAAUGCAGGAAGCCAUUGCCAGGGGCGAGUUCCAAGAGAAGGAACCUUGUAUACGCGAUUUGUUGCUAGUUGAAUUGGUCAAUUGGUUCAAAACCGAAUUCUUCAAGUGGGUCAAUAAGAUACCGUGCAAGGUGUGCGGCAGUGAAGACGGAAAACUGCGUCGCACCCAAACCGAAGGUGAUGUGCGCGUCGAGGUGACUCUGUGCUGUGGCCAAGAGACCAAAUUCUAUCGUUACAAUGACAUUUCCCAGCUAUUGGUGUCACGCAAAGGUCGUUGCGGUGAAUUUGCCAACUGUUUUACAUUCCUAUGCCGAUGUUUGGAUUACGAUGCACGUCUGGUGCACUCGCACUUUGAUCAUGUGUGGACUGAGGUGUAUUCCGAGACGCAAAAUCGUUGGCUGCAUGUCGAUCCCUCCGACAAUGUGGUGGACGUGCCGCUGAUGUAUCAGCAUGGCUGGAAGCGCAACAUUGACUACAUAUUUGCCUAUUCCCGGGAUGAUGUACAGGACGUCACCUGGCGCUAUACCAAUAACCAUCGCCAAAUCUUGCUAAUACGCAAACUCUGCUCUGAAAUGGAGCUCAUCGAUACAUUGAAUGCGAUUCGAGCAAAGCGACAACAAUUUGUGAGUGGCGAGCGCAAAAAAUUCCUAAGUCAGCGAAACAUGUUUGAGGUCAUCUCAAUGACCCUGGAGCGCACGCCAACGGAAAACGAGCUGAAGGGCAGGAGCUCCGGCAGUUUGUCGUGGCGACAGUCGCGUGGCGAGCACACAUUCACCAAUAUUUUUGUGUUUACCCCAAGCGACAGUGAACUUGAACGGCGUCAAUUUAAUUUGCGCUACAGCUGCGCCAGCGAUACGUAUGAGCGAUAUACCAAAGAUGGCGAUCGCUUGAAUAUACUCGAAACCUAUAAGACUUGGCAGAGUGCGCAGUUUGCCUCGAAGAACAUAUUUCGCAAAGUGGAACACGACUGGAAAGUAACAUAUUUGGCAAGAUUGGAGGAUACGGACAGCGCUGAAAUCACUUGGAAAUUUGAUUUUAGUAAAUCAAAGCUUAAAGUUAAAUCCUACAAUCUUAUAUUCGAUACGAGAACCUUUGGCGAGGGCAAAGUUGAUGUGCAAAUCGAAACUAGUAAUGGCAGCAACUCCAUUGAAGACGCAAAUGAAUUCCAGAUUGUGGCCAAACUAAGUAAUGGUGUGUCCUGGCAGCAUUCACAGCUCUUUAGACAGGCUCUUAACUCAAGGGAAUACCCCUUUGAACUGCAAGUUGUACUGCACUAGCAGUAGAAUCCAUUAAAAAGCUUUUAUUAUAUACGAUCAAUUGUAAAUAAGUCAACUAUAUACGUAUUUGUACAUUAUGCAAAGGUUUCAGUGAAACAUUUCAAAUUAUGAGUCGUAACAAAAUAAAGUCACAAAUUUUCGAACAAAAAAA